GUCAGAACAGAGUCGGGCUCUGAUUGGUGAAGUUCCCCCCGAGGUGCCCGGAGCCCCAGGCCCGUGGGACAGCGUACCUCGCUCGGUCCAGCUACAUGGCGGUCCUUGGAGUGCAGCUGGUGAUGACCCUGCUCGCUGCUACCCUCAUGCAUAGGCUGGCUCCGCACUGCUCCUUCGCGCGCUGGCUGCUCUGCAAUGGCAGUCUGUUCCGAUACAAGCACCCUUCCGAGGAAGAGCUUCGGGCCCUGGAGGGGAAGCAGAGGCCCAGAGGCAGAAAGGAGCGGUGGGCCAAUGGCUACAGCGAGGAGAAGCCACUGUCUGUGCCCCGAGCCGCCCCUUUCAAGCUGAAGACCUGUCCCCUCACAGCUGUGGAUGCCCUUGUUCUGCGUUUCUUCCUGGAGUACCAAUGGUUUGUGGACUUUGCUGUGUACUCGGGCGGCAUGUACCUCUUCACAGAGGUCUACUACUAUGUGGUGGGUCCAGCGAAGGAAACCAACAUCGCUGUGUUUUGGUGUCUGCUCACUGUUGCCUUCUGCAUCAAGGUGUUCCUGACGGUGACCUGGUUGUACUUCAGCGCGGAGGAGGGGGGCGAGCGCUCCGUCUGCCUCACCUUCGCCUUCCUCUUCCUGCUCCUGGCCAUGCUGGUUCAGGUGGUGCGAGAGGAGACCCUGGAGCUGGGCCUGGAGCCAGGCCUGGCCAGUCUGACUCAGAACUUGGAGCCACUUCUGAAGAUGCAGGGCUGGGACUGGGCGCUCCCUCUGGCCAAGCUGGCCAUCCGCGUAGGGCUGGCAGUCUUGGGCUCCAUGCUGGGUGCCUUCCUCACCUUCCCAGGCCUGCGCCUUGCCCAGACCCACCUGGAUGCACUGACCAUGUCCGAAGGCAGGCCCAUGCUGCAGUUCCUUCUGCACACCAGCUUCCUGUCCCCACUGUUCGUCCUGUGGCUCUGGACCAAGCCCAUUGCACGGGACUUCCUGCACCAGGCGCCCUUUGGGGGGACGCCCUACUCCCUGCUGUCGGACUCGGCCUUCGACUCGUUACGGCUCUGGGUGCUGGUGGCGCUGUGCCUGCUGCGGCUGACGGUGACCCGGCCUCACCUACAGGCUUAUCUGUGCCUGGCCAAGGCCCGCGUGGAGCAGCUGCGGCGGGAGGCAGGCCGCAUCGAGGCCCGUGAGAUCCAGAGGCGGGUGGUGCGGGUCUACUGCUACGUUACAGUGGUGAGCCUGCAGUACUUGACGCCGCUCAUCCUCACCCUCAACUGCACGCUGCUGCUCAAGACCCUGGGCUACUACUCCUGGGGCCUGGGGCCGGUCCCUCCACUGCCCCCCACCCUGUCCUCAGUCCACGAUCAUCCGGCCGGCACCGGGGAAGAUGAGGCCCAGCAGACGGCUGCCCGGAUCACUGAGGUCCUGGGCAGCCUGCUCACGCCCCUCUUCCUCCGCGGGGUCCUCUCCUUCCUCGUCUGGUGGACCGCUGCCUGCCAGCUGCUCUCCAGCCUCUUUGGCCUCUACUUCCACCAGCACCUGGCAGGCUCCUAGCCACCUGCAGAUGCUCCUGGGGCUGCAAGGCCUGUACUGGGCCAGUGGGACGCAGACGGCCCCCUUUUAUGUGCCUCAGCGUCCCCAGGUGCAAAUCGGGGCCGGGAGCCCCUUCACCGCAGUGCCUGUGCUGUGACCCCCUUGGGGCCCCGCGUUUCUUCCCUGAAACUGUGCCCCAGGGCCAGCAGCUGAGGGUCCAGGGCCACUGCUCCUGGAUUGUGUGCCUGGUUUUGGGUGGGAGCGGACACUCUCUCAAAUAAAGGAGCCGGCCACUUUUUACAAA